AUGGUGAAGUAUUUUCUGGGGCACAGCGUGCUCCGCAGCUCUUGGGACCAAGUGUUUGCUGCCUUCUGGCAGCGUUACCCCAACCCCUACAGCAAGCAUGUGCUGACGGAGGACAUCGUGCACCGGGAGGUGACCUCUGAUCGCAAGCUGCUGUCCAGGCGGCUUCUAACGAAGACCAACCGCAUGCCCCGCUGGGCGGAGCGCUUCUUUCCUGCUAACGUAGCUCACUCGGUGUACAUCCUCGAGGACUCUAUUGUGGACCCACAGAACCAGACCAAUUUCACCUGGAACAUCGACCAUGUCCGGCUGAUGGUGGUGGAGGAAAGAUGUGUUUACUGUGUGAACCCUGAAAACAGUGGCUGGACUGAAAUCCGACGGGAGGCCUGGGUCUCCUCCAGUUUGUUCGGGGUCUCCAGAGCUGUGCAGGAGUUCGGCCUAGCUAGAUUCAAAAGUAACGUGACCAAGACCAUCAAAGGCUUUGAGUACAUCCUGGCCAAGCUGCAAGCUAAGGAAGCAACUGAGAAGGCGAAGGAAACUGCUUUGGCAGCUACCGAGAAGGCCAAGGACCUGGCCAGCAAGGCCGCCACCAAGAAGCAGCAGCAGCAACAGCAACACUAUGUUUAAAGAAGUCAUCCUACUGCUUCCCCUGCAACAAGAGGCCCUGCUGCCCUCCCAGAUCG